AUGCCAGACUGCGUCAGCACGACACGUCGUACGCACCGGCCCGCGCCACCAUCGGUGCUGGAACGCCCACCAGACGACGAGCUCCCUCUCCAGCUGGCACUGGGGUGGGUGCUGCUACAAGUGACACCGGCGAAUGAACAGGGCGCCAUGAUCGACGUAUUUUCACGAACCUUUGUCGCGGACAUCUUGGCUGUGAUCGCAACGGAAGCGCUCGAAGUGAACUCUACGCCCGCGACGUUUGGCACGCUCCGCACAUCCGUCGACACGCUCGUGAACAAGGAGAGCGUGCGACUGCAGCAUGUCAUCAACAAGCGACGCGAGAAGGGGUUUCCAGUGUCUGAUGACAUGGCGAACUUGGCGUGCACAACGGGAUGGCUGGACGCAUUUCGCGAACAGUUCCGAGACGUGACGGACGGAGGAGCGACCAUCGACCUGAUCGAGCGCGACGUCGCAGCACGAAUCGGCGAGGACGACGGUGUGAUCCUAAACAACCCCGAGCCGCUGGAGCGUUUGUCUCCACUGGGUCUGUACUUUCGCGCUCUCGUCGUCAAGCUCCGCAAGCUUGGCUUCAACGAGACGGGCAAGCUCAGCGGGAUGGUCGCGACGUGGUGUGAGGCUGGACUACAGGAGUACUCGUGGGAGACGGCGCAGGAUAUCGAACGGCGCGACCCGAACCCGUUCCCCGAGACAAGGGGGAUGACACGUAUCAGCCACAUGGAGCAGCACAUGGAGGCGCUCGCGACGGGGGACUUUGUCGGCGCACAGCAGGCGUUGGUGGCAUUCUACGACUACCGAGCCCAGAUGGGCGACUACGACGACAAGAUGGCACCACACACACUCCUGAACCUGAGUGUGUUCCAUUACAGGACAGGCGGAAUGGAGGCGGCGCGAGAGGCGGUGGAAGAGGCAAUCCGUAUCGCGCGCCGGGCCAACGACGCCGACGCACUCCAGCAGGCCCUCAACCUCCAACAUCGCCUCACGACCGAGAGCGAAGGCGCCGCGUGGCCAUCAGCGAUGUUACCUGCCGUCAAGCAGGAGCCCGUCCCCUUGCGCCGGCUGAUGCAUGGCGUGACGCCCGCCGACGACCUUUGGUCCCUCGCUGCCGCGCUGGACAUGGGCGAGCCUGUCCCUGUUGCCUUCAGGCGGAUCUAUACUGCUCUUGGCCGAGCGACGCCCCUCACUCCCAGCGCAGAGAUCCAGCCGCUCGACCCUGGCGCGUGGCAUGCAGCCCAAGCAAACUUGUGGGCAUUGCUGGGCAGCGAAAGCCUGGCAAGCUUGCACGAGGACGUGGCGCUGGCUGACGCAGGGCCAGACGUCGCACUCCAAGUAUCCAUCUCCCGGGCGGAGCGCAUGGCGCAACGCGGAGCGUUCGAGGACGCCCUCGCCCUCCUUCUGGGCCUGGCUGAGGGGCUGGACCACGCGGCCUACAGGACAUGGACGCGGGCUGUGUGGGCUACCCUCGCACGUCAAGUUGCUCUCGCCCAAGAUACCGAGGCUGACAAGGUCCUUCGUGGUCUCCACUCGGAUUCGAGUGCACGGUUUGGCCCAGGCGGGCCGGCACGCGAUCUGUGGGAGCCCAGUGCAGCGCCGAAGGAGGAGCGCGGGGUCGUGUUCGCUCACAAGCACGUCAUGGACACCGUCAAGAGCGUACGCGCGGGGCUGGACGCCGACCCGCCCACCCCACCGCACCUGCUCCUGCCGCCCACUCUCGCGUCACUCGAGCUCUCUGCUGGGCUGGGUCUGUGGCCCACCUACCGCGCCGGCGUCGUGUGCCUCGCGGACGUGCUGCUCGGGAUGGACCUGCCUCGCAGGGCGGAUACUGAACUCGAAGCUGUGUGGGACGAGCUCGUCGCUGGCCACGAUGCUCUGCUCCUCGCGCGAGGGGCGCUGGCUCGCGCCAAAGCGUGGGCGUUCCUGGCAAUGGGAGGGAGUCAGGAGGAGGGAGAAGAAGAGAGAGGUGAGGCGCUUGCGCGCGCAAGCGAGUACGCCGACCUCGCGGCAGCCAAGGCGCGUGAGGCGUCCACUGCGCAUGUCCUGGCGCAGACCGCGAUUCUGCGCGAGAUGCUCGCUGAGAUGGGCGCACAGCCUGGGCCAAGCCUCGAGUUGGCCGGCGGACUCAGCGACACAGUUCGGCGCGUGGGCGAGGUCAUGCGCCUCGUCGGCGUGCGCGUCGCCCAGGGUUGGAAGUAG